AUGUCCCCUGAUUUUAUUAAUAAGCAUACAAAUGAUAUAUCUGACCCAUCGGAUUGGUUUUCAACAAGUCUUCCAAAACUAGCCGAUCUUGACUCGUUGCAAAGAUGCUAUAUUUGUAAGGAGUUUUUGAAGGCACCUGUCAUCACAAGCUGCAAUCAUACAUUCUGUUCUCAUUGUAUCCGUCAAUAUCUUGUUACGAUGAACCAUUGCCCCUUAUGUAAAACUGAACAGUUUGAGAGCAAUUUGAAAAGAGAUAUCUUACUCGAGGAAAUUGUUGCAUCCUACGCUAACAUCAGACCAGCUUUAUUACACUUGUUGGGAAGAAAUCUGAUAGGCUCAAGCACAUCAGGGGCUGAACCAAAAAGUAAAAAAAGACCUUUGGAUGCAAACGAGGUGAUCGAAAUACUAUCAGAUGACGAUUCCAAUAUGAACUCCAAUAACGUUUCCAAGAAGUCCAAACCUAGUAUACUAAUAAAAAGCGAAAUCGCAACACCAACGAAAGAUGAAAAGGUCCAAUGUCCAAUUUGCUCUGAGUAUAUGCUGGCAAGGGAUCUCCAGGCGACUCACAUUGAUUAUUGUUUGAAGGGUUUGCGUCCGAAGACAGCACACUCCAACACAACGCCGCAGCAGAACAAGAGUCAUUCUAUGAGGUACAAGAACAGAAGUGGAAUAACAUCUUUUUUCCAGCCAAGAGAUAGGCCAAUAAUUCUGUCGCUGGAUCUGGUAAUAAAUCAGGAUGACACUGAUCAUACAAAGUUUUAUUUUGAGGAAACAAGUAAACACAAUAGCAAUAUUAAGAAGUUACCGAAAUUGGAUUAUGCAUCGUUGGCUACAUCUAAGCUUAAGGAUAAGUUGUUAAGCUUGAAGCUUUCAACCCAAGGUACGAGAUCACAAUUGGAGCAGAGAUAUAAUUACUAUUAUGUCUUGUUCAAUUCUAAUUCAGAUAGUAAUCGUCCAGUACCUGAGAAAACUUUGAGACAAAAACUCAACCAAUGGGAAUUAUCUAACUCAGGCUUCAAUAACCAAAGUACUUCUACUUUUUUUGGUAGAGGUAAGAACUUGAGCCAAAAAUGUAUUACUGAUAAGGAUUUUCUGCCUAAGGAGUGGAUGCAUGCUUACAAAAGUGAGUUCCGUGAGUUGACUGAAGCUGCAAAGCUAUCAAGGGGGAAGAGGGCCACUGAAAAGAAGAAGAUUAAGGCUGACGUGCUGCAAGACAUACCCCUGCUUUCAUCAGAGCUUUCCAAAAAUACUGAAAUAUCUGACGAUUCUGUAAAUUCUGCAGUCCACUCAAGCAGAACAGAAGAGAGUUUGCAAGGACCUGAUUCUAUCCUGACCUUCGAUUUCAGAAGUGCCAUAUCAAAUAGCUCAUUAUUUGUGGAGGAUCAAGACAUAAAUAAGUAG